AUGCUGAAGAGCACCGACCUUGACACGGCGCUGUAUUUAGUGUAUGGGGCAUGUGCUCUUGCCUACACACCUCACGGGAAAUCGAUGAAUAACCUUCAAGGUCAAGCGAACGUUGAUUGUACACGACGUGUAAGACGAGAUGUGAUGUUGAACCACCAGACUGGAUGGAUUGCCUAUUCCGGUCAGCUUCACCGCCACCAAUGGCGCCAAGUCGGAAUGAAUGGCAACGGCCCGGUUCCCCGUCAGUCUGGCUCGUCAGAUGACGCUGUUCUGGCCAGUGACGUCGUGCGAGCAUUGCUUUUUCGGAGAGGCGAGCAGACCCAUAGGGAGAAGAAGGACCGUGUCCGAUUUGUUGUGAGUAUUAUCGUGCGGUGA